AAUAAAAAAAAUAUUUUUGAGCGAAAAGUCUCAUGAUAGUGCAAGAGUAUCAAAGUAAGAUUUAAUCAAAAGUACAAACACGAACGUGCUGAUUACAAAAUGUGUACAUUUUAGUUACAUGAAAGUAAACAACAAAUAACUUGGAAAUGUUUGUAUAUACAAAAGAGCUAUUAAAAUAAAUAAAUUUCCAUCAUAUAUGCGAGGAAUUAAUAACAAAACGUGAGUUGGUGUAUAAACACACAUGCAAACUCAUGAUCUAAGCUGCAAAUCAAAAGCAAACAUCAAAAUAUUUGUUCUAUUAUGGUUACAAUAAUGGAUGCAUAUGAAUAUCAUCAGGGAAAUAAUCCUGAUCACUACACCAGCACCGACGACGAGGACUUGGAUCGGAAGGAUUUCUUGUUGACAGACGACUUUGGCAAUUUCAAUGAAACGGCCGGCUACGAGGCAGCAACGCAAAUGCACCAAACCCAUCAAAAUCUCGAUGCGGCGUCAUUUUACGGCGGACCCUCCUCGUCCUACAUGGGCAGUGGCUACUCACAAGCCAUCGAUGUCAAGCCAAUUAUUCCGCCGCUCGUUGCUCCAACGUACUUACAACAAUAUUCGCCCUCAAUCGCGCCGCCGUCCUGCAACGAUUAUCUCAAUAAUUACUUGAAUCCCGGCGCGAAUUUUAACAACAACCAGAAUUACUUUAACAAGCCGUGGUUCAAUCAAGUCAAGCCCGAGCAAAUGGCGAAUAUUUUGAACAGGUAUGAUUGCUCAGAUGGCUCAGAUUCAAAAAUGACUAGCGGCAGAGAAGCGAGAAAUCGCGCCGAGAAAAAUCGUCGAGACAAACUAAACAAUUCCAUAACUGAAAUUAGUGCGAUGGUGCCUCAUGUUGCCGACGCACAAAAGAGAGUUGACAAAACGGCAGUACUUAGAUUUGCGGUGCAUGCUUUACGGAUUCCUUAUGUGUUUGGAAACUCCCACAACGAAGAUAUUGACGUUGACGAGGACGUCCUGGAUCGCCUUUUCGACGGUUUCAUGCUCACGAUUUGCUGCGGCGGUCAAAUUGUGCUCAUCUCAAAGAAGGUUGAACAGUAUCUCGGGCAUUGCCAGACUGAUUUGCUCGGACAGAACCUCAAGAACAUUACGCAUCCCGAGGAUAUCGAGGUGCUGACGAAGAAUUUAGUGCCAUCCAAUUUGUCGCAGCUGUUUGAGACGCGUCUCGACGAAAAUGGGCAUCCCGCAGCGCGAACGCCCGAAGAGGAGGAAGAGAUUGACAGGAAAUUGAGUCAAGAUCGACGGAAAUUUGUCAUUAGACUUGCGAGACCUGGACCGCGAAGUGAACCAACCUCGUAUGAAGCAGUGACGAUAGACGGUUCCUUUCGACGUGCCGAUCGAGCGCUGCGAGGCGAAGCGGCAAAUUCUCACACUCCGGGACCACAUUUGAUGCGCAGAUCGCGCGUUAGACCGGAUGACUCGAUACCGAUCAUCAGCAAUGUCAGUCAAAAUGACAUCCAGCUUGUGGCAUGCGUUCGGAAAUACGUGCCGAUCCACAAUCGUGUCAUCAUGCACUACGAGUACAAAACGCGGCAUCUCAUGGAUGGCAGAAUUAUCGACGUGGAUGAACGGAUAUCGCUCGUUGCGGGCUACAUGACAGACGAGAUCCGGAAUGCGAGUCCAUUUUCCUUCAUGCAUCGCAGCGAUAUGAAGUACGUCGUGACAGCUUUAAGACAAAUGUACGACACGAACCAACCAGUGGGGUAUUCCUGUUAUCGCUUACUCGACAGUUCGAAGAAAUUCAUCUAUCUGAGGACGAGUGGGCGUCUCGAAGUGAACAAAGACACGGGCAAAGUCGAGACUUUCGUCUGUGUCAACACGCUCGUGAGCGAAGAGGAAGGUCUUUAUCUCAUCCGCGAGAUGAAAAAUCGCCUCAACGUCAUUAUCCAAAGUAUCGGAGCCGCCGAACAAGAAGAUUCCCGUCCCGUAGCUCCCGAAGUUCCGGCAACCGCGAAUCUUCCGACUGUCGAAGGUGCAAUUUUGUCGCUCAUCGAAAACUUUCCGCCAGCAAAUGCGUUGCCCGAGACCGUCGAUUCCGACAACAGUCGCGACUCGCACACCACAACGCCGCAAAUUAUUGUUCCUGUACCCGAAUCUAUCAAGUCGACGGUGACGCGGAGUGCCGACGUCCUCGGAAUUAUCGACAAAAAGCAUCGAACAACGCCCAAAAUCAAGUCUGAAGCGACGUCGCCAUCGCGUUUACUCACAGCGUCGCCGUGCUCGUCGUCAUCAUCGUCAUCGUCAUCGUCGCCCUCGCCCUCCAAUGCUGCGAUGGUAAUGGAUCGUCCCUCCGUGCUGCGGAAUUAUUCCCAAAAAACGCCCACACUGAUGAUGUAUCAGCAACGCACCACGAUCAAACGUGAACCAACAACACUGAAUGGCACACACGAAUUACUAUACCAAAAAACGAUGAAAAUGUCACCGCCGCAGUAUGAGAAUCACGCAACGACAGUGCAGCAAAGUACGUCGAGUGUGGUUGUGAGUAACGGGAGUAGAAGUAGUGUUAAGAGAACGCACACAAUUGAGGACGAGAUGGGCACGAAGCGGCGAAUUGUCGAUGUGAGGGAGACGGAAUUGCCUUCACGACUUCUGGAUGACUCAAAUUCAGAUUUUGCAGACAUACCUGAUCCCUUUAGUCAAUUAGAUCUUCCCGUGGAGUCACUUGUGCAAAUUUUCGACGAUGCCACAGAUUCCCCGCGAGAAUCCCAAGACGACCUCCCACAUGAUCUACUGAACGGCAGUUUAAACAGAUCUGAUCGAAGAAUUAACUAAAAAAAAUCGUGCAGUACUUGUAUAACGCAAAACACAGGGAUUGGACUCGUUGUAAUAAAUGACUCGCAGGCACGUUUGGGAUUUCUUUUUGUAAAAGAGCACCUCCAGUGUCAUUUAGAAACUACAUCCGAUUUUUGUCGCACUUAUACAACUUAGAGGAUAAGUGUUUAGCAGUACUAUAUAUUACAUAUUUUUGUAUUUACCGUCGUCUCUGAGGACCGCAUCGACGAAAAUCAUGAAAAUUUAUCAACUAAUUGGCUCAAAAUCGAUAAAUUUUUCAUGUUUUUUCGUCUUUGAUGUUUUUAGCGAUUUUAUUAGAGUCACUUCAAUUUAUUUUGAAGUUUUAUUUAUUAGUUAAUUUUUAUUUUAUUUUAAAAAAUAUGAAAAAAGGGUUAAUUAAUAUAUAUAUGAUAGAGAAAAAAAAUAUAUAUAAAAAAAAAUUAAGUUUAA